AUGCAAAGUACCAGUGCCGUGGUUCCUGUAAGUCAUGCAAAGUACCAGUGUCGUAGUUCCAGUAAGAGUCAUGGAAAGAACCAGUGCCGUAGUUCCAGUAAGGGUCAUGCAAAGUACCAGUGCCGUAGUUCCAGUAAGGGUCAUGCAAAGUACCAGUGCCGUAGUUCCAGUAAGGGUCAUGCAAAGUACCAGUGCCGUAGUUCCAGUAAGAGUCAUGCAAAGUACCAGUGCCGUAGUUCCAGUAAGGGUCAUGGAAAGAACCAGUGCCGUAGUUCCAGUAAGGGUCAUGCAAAGUACCAGUGCCGUAGUUCCAGUAAGGGUCAUGCAAAGUACCAGUGCCGUAGUUCCAGUAAGGGUAAUGCAAAGUACCAGUGCCGUAGUUCCAGUAAGGGUCAUGCACAGUACCAGUUCCGUAGUUCCAGUAAGGGUCAUGGAAAGAACCAGUGCCGUAGUUCCAGUAAGGGUCAUGCAAAGUACCAGUGCCGUAGUUCCAGUAAGGGUCAUGCAAAGUACCAGUGCCGUAGUUCCAGUAAGGGUCAUGCAAAGUACCAGUGCCGUAGUUCCAGUAAGAGUCAUGCAAAGUACCAGUGCCGUAGUUCCAGUAAGGGUCAUGCAAAGUACCAGUGCCGUAGUUCCAGUAAGGGUCAUGCAAAGAACCAGUGCCGUAGUUCCAGUAAGAGUCAUGCAAAGUACCAGUGCCGUAGGUCCAGUAAGAGUCAUGCAAAGUACCAGUGUCGUAGUUCCAGUAAGAGUCAUGGAAAGAACCAGUGCCGUAGUUCCAGUAAGGGUCAUGCAAAGUACCAGUGCCGUAGUUCCAGUAAGGUCAUGCAAAGUACCAGUGCCGUAGUUCCAGUAAGUCAUGCAAAGUACCAGUGCCGUAGUUCCAGUAAGGGUCAUGCAAAGUACCAGUGCCGUAGUUCCAGUAAGAGUCAUGCAAAGUACCAGUGCCGUAGUUCCAGUAAGAGUCAUGCAAAGUACCAGUGCCGUUGUUCCAGUAAGGGUCAUGCAAAGUACCAGUGCCGUAGUUCCAGUAAGGGUCAUGCAAAGUACCAGUGCCGUAGUUCCAGUAAGGGUCAUGCAAAGUACCAGUGCCGUAGUUCCAGCAAGAGUCAUGCAAAGUACCAGUGCCGUAGUUCCAGUAAGAGUCAUGCAAAGUACCAGUGCCGUAGUUCCAGUAAGGGUCAUGCAAAGUACCAGUGCCGUAGUUCCAGUAAGGGUCAUGCAAAGUACCAGUGCCGUAGUUCCAGUAAGGGUCAUGCAAAGUACCAGUGCCGUAGUUCCAGUAAGAGUCAUGCAAAGUACCAGUGCCGUAGUUCCAGUAAGGGUCAUGCAAAGUACCAGUGCCGUAGUUCCAGUAAGAGUCAUGCAAAGUACCAGUGCCGUAGUUCCAGUAAGAGUCAUGCAAAGUACCAGUGCCGUAGUUCCAGUAAGGGUCAUGCAAAGUACCAGUGCCGUAGUUCCAGUAAGGGUCAUGCAAAGUACCAGUGCCGUAGUUCCAGUAAGGGUCAUGCAAAGUACCAGUGCCGUAGUUCCAGUAAGAGUCAUGCAAAGUACCAGUGCCGUAGUGCCAGAAAGGGUCAUGCAAAGUACCAGUGCCGUAGUUCCAGUAAGGGUCAUGCAAAGUACCAGUGCCGUAGUUCCAGUAAGGGUCAUGCAAAGUACCAGUGCCGUAGGUCCAGUAAGAGUCAUGCAAAGUACCAGUGUCGUAGUUCCAGUAAGAGUCAUGGAAAGAACCAGUGCCGUAGUUCCAGUAAGGGUCAUGCAAAGUACCAGUGCCGUAGUUCCAGUAAGGUCAUGCAAAGUACCAGUGCCGUAGUUCCAGUAAGUCAUGCAAAGUACCAGUGCCGUAGUUCCAGUAAGGGUCAUGCAAAGUACCAGUGCCGUAGUUCCAGUAAGAGUCAUGCAAAGUACCAGUGCCGUAGUUCCAGUAAGAGUCAUGCAAAGUACCAGUGCCGUAGUUCCAGUAAGGGUCAUGCAAAGUACCAGUGCCGUAGUUCCAGUAAGGGUCAUGCAAAGUACCAGUGCCGUAGUUCCAGUAAGGGUCAUGCAAAGUACCAGUGCCGUAGUUCCAGUAAGAGUCAUGCAAAGUACCAGUGCCGUAGUUCCAGUAAGGGUCAUGCAAAGUACCAGUAG